GUAGAUGGUGAUGUAAUUACGUAUAAAAAAAAAUAGAAAAUUGGUUUCCUUAGUGUACUAGUUUUCGAGUUUUCUUUGGAAGAAAGAUACUACUAACAAAUACGAUAGAAGACGAAUUCUUUAUAUACCCCUUGUCUUGUGUUCGUACCGUUACCAUAACCAUAACCUCACAGUCACUGAAAUCGCUUCGCGGCUCACGGCUACGCGAUUUUUCAGCUCAUCCAUUUCCCAUCCACCCAAUCCAAUCUAAUCAUAUACUCUUCGAUCAUCGUUUCCAAAGUUUCUUUCUUUCUUUCUGUUAUUCUCUCACUUCACUCUCUCCACAUGGCGUCUUCGUCAAUUGUCAUCAAGGUUAAGUUUGGGGAAACGCUUCGGCGUUUCAUUGCUUCUGUCAAUGACAAGAAACUUGUUCUCGACAUUGAUAUGUUGAUGGAAAAGAUCCGCGGGCUUUUCAGCUUCGGUUCUGAUGUCGAGUUUACCAUGACUUAUGUCGAUGAAGAUGGUGAUGUGGUUACUCUUGCUGACGAUGACGAUCUUCAUGAUGUUGUUAGACAAUCUCUGAAUCCAGUGAGGAUUACUGUGAGCCUAAAGAGUAGCAACUCUAAUGCAUCAAGUGGGAAUUCUACUCCCAUGAGAUCACAAAACCCACUUCCGUUUCAAACGUUGAACUCUGGGAUUUCUGAAAUUAUAAACUCUGUUCCUGAGCCGCUUCGUGAAGCUCUCUCAAAGCUACAUCUUGAUUUAGCAUCUAAAGCAUCGUCUUCUGCUCCAGUUGCGGAGCUUGUAGAAAAGAUGAAGGCUUUGUACUUGAACCAGGUGGCUAGCCAGAAGGCGAACCCUCCUACUGCGGGUCCAUCAAAUGUGAAAUCUGAACCGUCAUCUGUGGAGACUAAGGUUCAGGUGAACCCUGAAGCUGGAAGUUCAAACUCUAAGAAGAAAGAAAAACAGGUUCAAAAGGUGACUGAAGGUGUGAAGUUCAAAGACGUUCAGCCUCCACGAGGCGUGGAUCUUAACGUUCCUUACUUUGAGUACGAAUCGUUUCAGGCUCCGAUUAACUCAACAAAGAGCGUUGGUGAAGGGUCUACCGGCAAAGGCAAGAACACUAUCGGUGGUGUUGAGAUUAAGAAAGAAUUUGGCUCGGAGAAGAAGGAUGACAUCAGCAGUGGAGCUUUUAAUGAACCUUUGAAGCCUGAUCUUUUGUCUCCACACUAUUUUGAACAACUACACCAAAUGAACCAACACUUACAGGAUGGAAUAGUGGGCCAGGGGUCCCAAAGUGCGCAGGCAGUCACAGAUGUUAACAAAAACAGUAAUGAUUCUGGCAGCUCUUCAAGCUGGGCUCAGGGGAUGGUGAACGCAGGUUGGCCAUUUUCCGGGAUUCCGUUAACGAAUGACUCUGUUUCACAGGGGCAUCGUCAUUCUCGUGGCCCUCACUGGAAGAGACACGGUCUUGUUAGUAAUGGCAUUGGCUCCAUAUUCCAUAUGGGUGUUUGUUGCGAUGGAUGUGGAGUUCAUCCCAUAACCGGGCCUCGGUUCAAGUCAAAAGUGAAAGAAAAUUACGACUUGUGCAACGUUUGCUUUGCGGGAAUGGGAAAUGCAACUGACUACAUUAGAAUCGAUCGCCCGACAACUAGUUUUAGGCGUCAACAUAUGCCCUUCAAGGGGUUCUAUGAUCCUUCUUUCCGUAUUCCACCUCCAACACUACCACAUGCCAUGCGGGCUCCUGGGUCAAAGCUCCCUCGGUCAAAGCUCGAUAGCCGAUUCAUACUUGAUGUUAAUGUUCUUGACGGAACCAUCAUGGCUCCAUUCACUGCAUUCACCAAAAUAUGGAGGAUGAGGAACAACGGCACCGUCAUCUGGCCCCAUGGCUCACAGCUUCAGUGGAUCGGGGGAGAUCGGUUAAGCAAUUCAGAUUUUGUCGAUGUUGAGAUCCCGGUAGAUGGUUUGCCUGUGGACAAGGAGCUUGACAUCGCGGUUGACUUUACCGCUCCGGAGCUUCCGGGCCGAUAUGUUUCUUAUUGGAGGAUGGCGUCUCCAUCUGGACAGAAGUUUGGGCAACGCGUUUGGGUCUUAAUUCAGGUGGAUGCUGCUAUGAAAGAUUUGGGGGAAACCUCGAUCAAUUUGAAUCUGCCACCUGUCACAAGGAACCCGGAAGUAGUUAAUCAGGAUCUUGUUAUGGAUAACAUUCUUUCCGGAAACAAUAUCAUCAAGGUCACUGAUUCUGGAAAUACGUUUGGUGAUUUUUCACCUAAGGAUGAUGAGAUGAAUUUUCCGAUUAAUGACUCGUUGAUUAUCGAUAACGGUGGUGUGUCAAGCACUAUGGCUACUCUUUCCGCUCCACCAGCGACUGCUAGCAAUCCGGUUUAUAACCCUGCACAAGUGGCAAGUGCUUUGGCUUCGCUUCCAGCUGGACCUACGUUUUCGUCAGGUUUGUAUCCCACAGUAGGAUUGGAUACUAUGGUGGACUUUUCUGUACCGCCACCUGCUGUGGUUAGUGGUGCACCGUCAUCACCCCCCACAGUGGCGGCGGUGAAGCCGUCGGGUUCUGUUAGUCGAGAGGUGAGUGAACAGCAGGAGCAGGCUCUUGUGAAGGAACUGGAAGAGAUGGGAUUCAAGCAGCUGGAUUUGAACACGGAAGUGUUGAGGAUGAACGAUUACGAUCUGGAGAAAUCUAUUGAUGAUCUUUGUGGUGUUUUAGAGUGGGAUCCAAUGCUCGACGAACUGCAGGAAAUGGGUUUUGCAGAUACGGAAGCCAACAGGAGGCUGUUGAAGAAGAACAAUGGAAGUAUUAAGCGUGUGGUCAUGGAUCUCAUCAACGGAGAGAGGGCUUAAUCCAGUGACUUAUAUGUCGAUCGUAGUAUAAUAUCUAAAUAAAGUGUGAGGAAGACUUGGUGUGUGUGUGUGGGUGUAGUAACCGGUUCGAACUUAUGGUGUGUGGGUGUAGUACAUGGUUCGAACUUGUGGUGGGUGGGUGAAUAAGGAUGCUUAGCUCUGGUUAGCUGGGCUGAUCCGUGUGGCUAUAUAUAUGUAUCUGGCUGUUGCUUUAUCGAACUUUGAUGCUGUAAUAUAAGAUGUCUUUAUAUUUGUGUUCGUGCUUGAGGUU